UCUAAUUUGAUAACACGGGCGAGCGUGGAGGAAGGAUGGUCUGUGCUCCUGGUGGUACGUCCGCCACGUUGUAAAGACAUUAAAAACGAAUUUCUGUUUGAACUGGUCACAGACUAGCUGUACGGUGUUAGGUCCGUGAUGUAAAGGCACAGGAUUUCGGACGGGUGCCGCGGUGUGUUGGACUUUGCUAACUCUAGCCAUGAGUGGAAAAAAAAACAAGCAUGACGUCACAUGUGACGUGGUGUAAGGACCAGAAAGCAGAAUUGUCGGCCUGACCGAGGUGGAAAGUCUCCAAUUAAUGUGGCGAAUGCUAAAUGUUGCUGACAGAGUGCAUUUGGAAAUUGAGCAACAGACCUUUGCAAUAAUAAAAGCUUGAUCAUGGCCCCGGACAAAAAGACCUGCGCAUAUUUGGGCAGCAUCUUAGUCGCCACCAUCUAUCUCGUAACACAGACGUGGAAUGUCUGGGUACCUGGCAAUAUCCUCAGGAGAGGGGACCAAUCUUUCCUGGCUAGUGGUGGUAAUGCCGUGACCACCAAUUUCACGAACUACACGGAGCUCUUCCAAACUGCUUACCACCGUAAACUUGACGAAAGGCAUCUUAACCCUCACGACUUCAGGCUUCUGCUGGAUGAACCAAUGGCGUGCAUUGAACCGGGCAGGGGACACCCCAAAAGCGUUCUCCUUCUGGUGUUGGUAACCAGUAAACAUGCUAAUUUCGACAGGCGACAAGCCAUCAGAGAAACAUGGGGGAGCCUCAAAGAAAUCCGGAACCGAGCCAUUGUGACGCUGUUUCUUCUCGGGAAGGGGACGACUUCGCACCUGCUCAAAAAGGUUUCAGCGGAAAGUGUUGAACACCACGACCUCCUGAUGGAGGACUUUGUGGACAGCUACAAGAACUUGACCCUAAAGACCAUGAUGGCCAUGAAGUGGGCCAGCACCCACUGCCCGCAGGCCUCGUUUGUCAUGAAGACCGACGACGACAUGUUCGUCAGCUACCGCAAUCUUCUCGACUACUUGGCCGCCACGGCAGCCCCCGGAACGGGCUUCGCGCUGGGCCGUGUCCUGAAGGGCGAAUCUCCCUAUCGGGAUCCCAAGAGCAAGUACUACGUGUCCCGGGAGCUGUACCCUAGUGACGUGUACCCGCCGUGGCUGUCCGGAGGAGGCUUCGUCCUGUCCGGGGACAUGCCGGGCAGAAUCUAUGCCGUGUCUUUGGACACCAAGUACUUGCCUCUCGAGGACGUGUAUCUGGGUCUGUGCUUGCAGAAGCUCAAUGCCACGCUUACUACAAGUGACCGGUUCAAUAACAUGCACAUCGGGUAUUCUUACUGCAGGUUCCACUAUAUCAUUACCUCGCAUCGUUUCGGACCAGCCGAACUGAGGACCGUAUGGAAAGACCUAAAGGCCCAGAGAGACUGCUGGUUUUGGACAUGAUUGAGCCAGAUCGGUAUUCUAACAGCUUUUGCCCAAAAUGAAACGCGCCCGAGACCAUACGGGUACAGCAAUGUGCGCGUGCGAGAUUUGUCCUAUCAGCGCAGCCACUUGCUGACUCCUAUAUAAUUAUGCACCCGUGUUUUGUUCUCGAAUGACCGAACCAAGGGCUCCCUCCUUGGUGACGAGGAGAGGUAGGACAGACAGCAGGAAGCCAAAAAAGCAACUGAGGGGUUGUGUUCAGACAUGCAGCUAAAAAAGAAACCUGUGUUAUUUAUGUGUAUAUAAGAUGGUCUUUUUCUACGUAUUUUCUGUGGAUGUGCCAAGCACCUUAUUCUCUGCAGUUCAUGUAGUAUAUAUGCACGUGUAAACAUCAGUUUUAGUACAUCUAUUGUAACCAUUUUUAGCGGCCUCAUGUCCGCCAUCUUGAGUUCCAAAAUGCAGGGCCUCAUAUGACCAUAAAAACUCAGGGAUAAGUGAGUUCAUAAAAACUGAGGGAUAAGUGACUUCAGUACUGUGUCUUCCAGUUGGGAACAAACUGUUAUAAGACAGAGGCCACCAGUCAAGUAAUCUAUUGACUACGGACAACUCGAAAAAAAACUGUAGAUGCAGAUCGCCAAUAAGGCAUUAAUAUUACGUCUUAUGUGAAACAGUGCUAAACAAAAUAUACAUUCUUGUUGUUGUUCAAAGAUAAAAAGACCACUGACACCAGGGUGAGUUCAGGCUACUGGGAACAGUAUUUUUUUCAGACCUACCUUGCACAUUCUCUGCAGUACGCCAAAAGUAAAGUACACUGAUAUAAUUGUUAGUAUUGUUUGGGGGAUCGUAACAUAAUCUUGGUAUUUGAGAUGUGUGCUCCACCUCUAGAGCUUGCUAAAGUCGUUUUCCAUUAUUCUUAAUAGGCAUCACGAUAACAGAGACAAAUCUGUGUUCCCUUAUUCGAUGCUGGAUUAAGAUAAACGUAAAGCAAACUCGGUCCAUCGUUUUAGAAAGUGUGUAUCUCCCAAACAGAACGAUUGAAUUUCUAGACCAAGGCUAUGGACUAAAAUUAGCAAGAUAGAUGCAGGUUCGAGUGAAACCCUGACAGUCGAGGGUUUCAAAUUUAACAUACUUAGAUGUAACAUAUUCUGCUAAAAUCGAUGACUUUUGCUGCAAAUUCCAAUUAAAUGUCAUACAGCUUGUGCCAAUUCCGACGAGAGUUCUUCCAACCACAAGAACCUGCAUGGAUCUUCUUUUUAAUCACAUCCCGAAUGCAUUAAGUGUUAUUGAUGUAUUUCCGCUCGGGCUUAAGAAAAUAAUCUUGCACUCUCGGGUUCCACCUUUGACCUCUAAAAUAGGGAGCUUUAAAAUACGUUUAGUUAUGUCUCGGGUUAGAGAGCUCAUGUUUGAUUUACUGUGUGGCCAGCAUUCCCCUCCUCAACUGAUUCGUCGGCAGACUAAAUACGAGGCACCCUGGCUCACCAAAGAAGUGCUUGAACGUAGCUAGGAGUGUGAUGCUUUUUGACCUAACACACAACAAUCUGGCAACCAAGAUCAUGAGCGUUUUGCUAAGUUCAUUCACAGUAAGGUCAAUAAUUUCGCCAAGCGCGUAGAAAUGACGUACAUGUACAUGUAUCAUUCCAAGAAGAAGCUCUUCUGUCGAAAUAGAGGCAUUACCUUCCCUGUGACUACUAACAAACACACCCACACUUACCUUACAUACCUACUGUGGACAUUCCUUUCUUUUCGUGCAGUUAAGAAAACUCA